AUGGCUUCAACCACACCACCGGAAGUCUCACUUGAAGUCUUGCCCUACCUGCGAGUGCUCAAAGACGGAACAAUUGACAGAAUCGCCGGAACCCAAGUCGUCCCGGCCGGCUUGGACCCUCAGACCGGAGUUUUAUCCAAAGACAUCGUCCUCAUACCCGAAACCGGAGUCUCGGCCAGGCUCUACCGACCCAACAACAUCACCAAAACUGAUCACAAGCUUCCCCUCAUCGUUUACUUCCAUGGCGGGGCCUUUUUCAUAUCUUCAGCCGCCGACCCGCUUUACCACAACAGCCUCAACAUGCUUGUUGCUGAAGCAAAAGCCAUCGCUGUUUCAGUAAAUUACAGGUUGGCCCCUGAGCACCCCCUCCCUACUGCAUAUGAAGACUCUUGGGCUGCACUCAAUUGGGUGUUUGGUGGUGGAGAAGAUGGUGAUUUGUGGGUUAAGGAGCAUGUAGAUUUUGGGCGGGUGUUCUUGGUUGGAGACAGUGCAGGGGCUAAUAUUGCACACCAUUUGGCCUUACGGGUGAAGGCAUUCGACCCGGAUCUGAAGGUGAAGAUUGCCGGGAUUGGUUUGGUCCAUCCUUAUUUUUGGGGAAAGGAGCCAAUUGGUGGAGAGGUGACAGAUUUGGUGAGGAAGUCAAUGGUGGACAAGUGGUGGCAGUUCGUUUGCCCGUCAGAGAAAGCGGGGGAUGACCCGCUUAUUAACCCCUUUGGGGAUGGAGCUCCGAGUGUUGAGGGGUUGGCUUGUGGGAAAGUGCUUGUUCUUGUUGCGGGAAAAGACAUAUUGAGGGACAGAGGGAGGCUUUAUUAUGAUGAACUGGUAAAGAGCAGUUGGGGAGGGAGGAAGGAGUUCACUGAAACAGAAGGCGAGGACCAUGUGUUUCACAUCUUUAAUCCCAAUUGUGAAAAAGCUAAGAGCUUGAUUAAGCAUUUGGCUUCUUUCAUAAACCGAGAUUAG